AUGGAUAUGCUUAACACCGUUCUCAAUCUUUUUCUUCCUCCUCUUACCAUCAUCUUUCUCUUCCUCUUUUACCCAUAUUAUCUUUUGAUAAAGCUUGUAGUUUGUCUUUAUAAGCAUAUUCGCUUGGAAAACGUAUCCGGGAAAGUAAUUCUAAUCACCGGAGCUUCUUCAGGCAUUGGACAGCACGUAGCAUAUGAGUACGCAAAGAAAGGAGCAUAUUUGGCUCUCGUUGAUCGAAGAAAGGAUCGUCUAGAGAUAGUAGCCGAAACAUCACGGAAGUUAGGAUCUGGUAAGGUCAUUAUCAUACCUGGUGAUGUUGCUAGUGUGGAUGACUGCUUGAAGUUCAUCGACGAGACGAUUCACCAUUUCGGAAAACUGGACCACUUGAUCAACAAUGCUGGUGUAUUUCAGACUGUUCUUUUCGAAGAUUUCAAUCAAAUUCAAGACGCUAAUCAUAUAAUGGAUAUCAACUUUUGGGGCACAGCAUACAUCACUUACUUUGCAAUUCCCCAUCUUCGAAAGAGCAAUGGAAAAAUCAUUGUUAUGAGUUCUGGUUCAGCAAAUAUACCCUUGCCAUUGUCAAGCGUCUAUUCAGCAAGUAAAGCAGCCUUAUUAAGAUUCUUUGAGGCAUUAAGAGUUGAACUAAGUCCGGAUAUCAAAAUAGUUAUUAUUUUACCAGGAUUUAUAGCAACAAAUAUGACCACUCCUCGCUUCAUUGAAAAGUAUGGUUCAGAUUUUAUCCUAUCAGAAUCAGUCAAUAAAUGCGCAAAAGCAAUAUUUAGAGGUAUUGCUAGAGGAGAGACAUGCAUAGAAGAGCCAUCUUGGACGAAAUGGAUGGUCUUAGUGAAAAAUGUGUGUCCUGAAAUCGUUGAAUACCCGCUCAAAUAUUUAUUUCUUCGUUACCUCAAACCUGCUUAUUUCAAGUGA